AUGACUGCAGAAGAAUUUGUUUCACUACAAAACCAAGGCGCUGUCAUUGACUACAAUGGGAAGGUUCCUGUGGAGCACCUGGACUAUGGGUAUAUAGAAAAGUGCAAAGAUGUGAAGUAUUUGGAAAAGAUUUUAAAAGUACUGAGGUCUGGAGAGGAGGGCAUUUAUCCUGAUCUCAUAAGUUUUUGUGAGACCCGACUUGAGCUGCUUGACCCAAAGAACAGACUUCUCAUAACAGACAAGCCAGUCACUACAGCAGCCAGCCUAUCCAAAGAUGAAUGGGGACAAAUUGUUGAUGAUCUUAAGAUGUGGCAAGAAGAAUCCAAAAAGACUGAAGAUUCAUUAAAACACCAACCCCUCCUUAAUGAUAUAAUAAAAGAAAACAUACCACCUAUAAGAGGUUCUAAUCAGUCAGUUGCAUUCAAUAAGGACAUCCAACAAAAACAAAACAAAAAUCAUUGCAAACGUCCUCUUCCACGUGACUAUCAAGAAUGGGACAAGUUUGAUGUAGAGAAAGAAUGUGAACAAAUUGACAGCAACAGUAGCACCACCAGUGACACACCUGCUAUUGUUAAUACAGGACUUUCCAAACUCAGAACUACCUUGGAUGCCUCAUUUUUGGCCGAACGGGAGCAGCUCAACCUGGCCACACGUGAGAAGGACAAAGGCAAUGAAGCUUUUAGAGCCAAGGACUAUGAGGAGGCCAUGGCAUACUAUUCCAGGAGCAUUUCCAUUUUACCAACAAUUAUAGCUCAUAAUAACAGGGCCCAAGCAGAGAUCAAACUGAAGCACUGGAACAACGCCAUGAAAGACUGUCAGAGAGUCCUCAAGAUGGAGCCGGGAAAUAUAAAAGCACUGCUACGUCGAGCUACCGUGUACACAAACACAGGGAGAUUUGAAACUGCAGCUGAAGAUCUGAGGACAGUGCUAAAACAGGAACCACAGAAUCCUGCAGCUCUGAAACUUCUGUCUGAAACUGAACUGAAGUUGCAAGAUGAGGGAAUGAUAAAGAAGAAACGCAAAGGGAAGAAAAUUCUGAUCGAAGAAGUGGAUGGGGAUGACGGUCACAAUGAGAAGAGGCAAGGAGGAUUGAAGGCUUGUCCGGUUGAACGUAUACAGCCUCAAGGAGGGGAGGUGAGCCCAGCCGCUCCGGCUCAAAGCCCAGACAUGGGUAACGCUCAGAAGAGGCCCCACGGCAAAGGGGACAGCAGCCCUCACAGCGACACCCAUCAUCACCACCACACUCCCUGGAGAGGAAAGGCAAGCAGUGCAGAUAAAUACAAAGUCAACCAUGAAUCUAAGGACAAGGUGGCCAACGGGGCGGGCAAGAGAGGCUCAAAUGCCUCAGCACAGGAAGAUCAGAUCGGGAAGAGUCCCGCUGGGGGACAGGCUAAAGAGACUGUCAACCUGGACGCCCCAUGUGGAGCUCUGCCCCUGCCUCUGUCCAGGCUCAAGAAUGAGGGAAACCUAUUGUUUAAGAAUGGGCAGUUUGCUGAUGCAUUGCAGAAAUACUCACAAGCCAUUCAGGGCUACACAGACUCAGGGAUUGACAGCCCGGAGGAUCUGUGCAUACUCUACUCAAACAGAGCAGCCUGCUACCUCAAAGAUGGAAACAGUCAGGACUGCAUACAGGACUGCACAAAGGCUCUGGAGCUGCAGCCCUUCUCCCUCAAGCCUCUGCUGCGCCGGGCUAUGGCUUAUGAGUCUCUGGAGCACUACCGAAAGGCCUAUGUGGAUUACAAGACCGUCCUGCAAAUAGACAUGAGCGUCCAGGCUGCACACGACAGCGUCAACAGGAUCACACGGUUGCUGAUUGAACAGGACGGUGCUGACUGGAGAGAUAAGCUCCCAGAGAUCCCCCUGGUGCCUCUGUCCGCUCAGCAGCACCGCAGACCAGAGCAGCCCAGUGAAGAGGUACUGCAGGCCCGUGCUGACAAGGCCAAAAGAGAUGCAGAGCGCAGAGCAGAAGUCCAGUUCUCGGCUCUGAAGCAGGAAGGGAAUGAUUAUGUGAAAAAUGGCCAGCACAAAGACGCUGUGGGAAAGUACACGGAAUGCCUUAAGCUGAAGCCGGAGGAGUGUGCGGUCUACACAAACCGAGCCCUAUGCUACUUGAAGCUUGAGCAGUUUGCAGAAGCCAAACAGGACUGUGAUGCAGCACUGAAGUUAGAGCCAACCAAUAAGAAAGCCUUCUACAGACGGGCAAUGGCCAACAAAGGGCUCAAGGAUUACUUGGCCUGCAGUUCAGAUUUACAAGAAGUGCUGCACCAGGACCCCAAUGUGCAGGAGGCAGAGAAGGAACUGGAGGAGGUCACCAUGCUGCUGAGGCAAAGCCUGGCUAAUGCUAACGCUAACAGUAACGCCUCACCAGCCAAACCCAGAAAGAGUGUCCCCAUUACGGAGGUGGAUGGGGAGGAGGACACACCCUCAGCUCACAGCAGGGGAGAGAACAUCAGUAUUAACAUUAAGCCAUCGAACGCCUAUGAGUUUGGACAGGCCCUGAGUGCAGCCUGCUGCAAUGGGGAUACACAGGCCUGUGCUGAGCUGUUAGCCUCCACCCCUCCCCAAACCCUGCCCCGAUAUCUGAGCACCCAGCUGGAUGGACAGACCAUAAUAUUUCUUAUGAACACCAUGGACUCACAUCUACUUCAGAGGGAUCCAGGUCUGGUCUACCAUCACCUGUGUCACCUCCACACAGCAGACAGGUUCAAGGUUGCUCUUAUGUUGCUUGAGAAGGACGACCGCAAAACCAUGACGCAGCUAUUCGACCACCUCUCGGCCACGGAGAGCUCGGAAUUCACCAAAAACGACGUGCAAAAUCUGGCCAACAAAUAUAUCUAACCCUCUGCAUGACCUACCUUCACCACCUGAGAUCUAUGCAAAACACAAGGCACAAGGACUCCAGUGUGCAAUAAGAGACAGUAUCCCCCUACUUUGUGCUUGAAUCAAAGACUAGGACUGUAUAUUUUUUGCUAUGCAGAUGUACUUUUCUACUACCAUCAAACACAUGAACGGGUUGUGUAACAGUUGAUGCAAUAUAUGUAAUGUGGGUUACUCACUUAUCGAUAAAGUGGGUGCAAUGUACAUUGUUACAUAACAAGAUCAGCUCAGGUCAGAUACAGCUGCUAUGAACUGGUUUAUUGAGUAUAAAGUUUAAAGUGGAGGUUAGUACUUUUGAGAGAAUGUCAUUGUAGAUUUAUAUUGAUAGCAUGAAGAAAAA